CUUUUAUCGUCUUUUCUUUAUCAUGACUUGUCAUAGGAAAUAUAAGCUACUGCUGAACCUAGAUAUAUAAAUUAUUUUCUGUUGACUUUGUACCAACUCCAUUAAAGUGCGGGAUUUUGGAUACUUGUUUCAACUUUCACCCAUAUUUUUUAAGAGUGAAUUCAUCUUUAAAUACUAUAUAAUUGAGGUCUUUCAGGACAGUUUGGGAGGCUUUUUAGGUUAUAUGUAGUUUGGUAGUAACGUCUGAAUUCACACUCAACUCCUGAAGAAAAUCAUGGAAGAGGAGAUUAUCUGUCUCUCUUCCGACGAUGAAACGGAUUCGCAAAAGGAAAAUAAGAAGACCAAAUUAGAUAAUGCUUCCCUUAUUUGUGAGAAGACAGAAAACUUAUCUAAUGAUGAUGAUAAAGUAGAAGGAAAUAAUCUGAAACGAAAAAUGUUGAAAAUAAAUACAGAAGAGAAAACUCAAAAUAACAUAGAGAAGAGGAAAAAAUUGAGUACAGAUGAAAAUACGCCUAUAGAAAUAGUUAAAGUUAAAUUUCAGCCUGAUUUAUAUCUUAUAUCUGAUAAUUCUGAUAAGUCUAAUACUGUACAAUCAAAUAAGAAUCAAGAAAUAAUAAUUGAAAAACCAAAAUUGAUUGUGAAAGAGAAAAAAAAGAUAUCGUAUGUUGCACAUGAUGUCUUUCCGUUAUUUAUAAGUUUAUGCCUUCAAAGGAGUAAGGAUAAGGAUAAGAAAGAUAUGGAAAAAAUUGUAAAUAAAUUAAAAAGGCGUUAUGAAGAACUGGAUCCGGAAUACACCAGUUCAGAAUAUUUUGUCUCAUUUUUAAAUGAAAAGCGUGCUGCUAUUAUGUAUAAUGAUAAAAAAAUAUAUGUGUAUAUAGAAGAAGUAAUGAAUGAGAUGAAAAAAAGGUUCAAAAAGAAGUCCCAUCAUUUGCCGUCUAAUAAAAUUUAUGACGCAGUUCCCUCUACUUCAUAUGCUGCAAAUAAUUUAUCAGUUAAUGCAGCAAAAUCAGACUAUGAUAAUGACGAUGAUAAUGAGGAGAAUGCAAAUCCACGGACAAAAAAAAUUAAAAUGAUAUUACAAGCCAUGGCAAAAUGUGAGGCAGUAAUUAAAAAAUUGGAUGAAGCAGAAGUUGAUUUCGAUAAAGAAGAUGAUAGUACUUAUAUAAAAGUUGAAAAAUAUAAGCAAAGAAUGGUAGAGCUGUAUAAUAAAUAUUGCGAAUUAACAGGAGAAAAUGCUGAUGCGGGACGUGUAUAUUUGCGUCCUAAGCACAUAAGCGCAACCCGAAUUGUUGCUGUUGAUCAGGCAAUAACAAAUUUCAUUAAUUCUAAAAUCGCUCAACGAAAUAAAAUGAAAAAGAAAGAAGUUCUUGCAGAUGAUGUAAUAUUCCCUGAUUACAGAGACAUCUUGGAAUGUGUUAGUAGAUGUAAUGAUAGAAGAAAUUUAGGUUUAGACAAAAAAAAACAAAAACAAAUGGCAAAGAAAGCUUUCUUAGAAUUAGGAGAACUCUUACAACGCACAAGGCGUAAUGAUUAUUGGGACACUUUUUCUUUGUAUCUUGAAAACACGGAAGAAGACCCAGCUAUAAAAGAUAAAGAUUUAGCAAAGAAAUUAAUCGAUAAUCGCACCGAGGGUGAAAAAAGAUUAGCUGCCGUAUUUGAAAAAUAUACAAAGAAACAAGAAGAAAUAAAAGAGCAAAAUGAUAUUGAAACAUCGGAGGAUGAAGAAGAAGAAGAAGAAAGUGGAGUUGCGAAUGAUAAGAAUAAAAGCAAGGAUGAUCUAUCUAUAGCUAGUUUAAGUGAAGAGGACAGUGAUAAUGAGGAAAAUAUAAAUGAAAAAGACAACAGAUUACUUGUAGAAAAUGGUACAAGUAAUAUAAGUACAAUAAAUAUAUGUCAGAAUAUAGAUAAAGUUAUAUCAAAUAAAACUGUACUAGAUAUAUCACAACAGAAGUAUGAUAAAAAAGAUAAAAUAAAAACUUCUGUGAAAGAGAAUAACAUAAUAGUACCUAAGAAUAAAAACCAAGAAACUAGUGAGAAAACAGUACAUAAAAUAUUCAAUGGCAAUACUGUUGCAAAGAAUUUUAUUAACAUAGAUUCAUUAACUACAUGUUCUACAGCAGACUGCACAAGUAAUAGGAUUGAAGAAGAUCUACCUGAGGUGAUAACAGAGGAUAUAUUCAAAGCGAUAACAAAUCCUGUAAUAGAGAUGGUAACAGAGGAUGCAGCAACUGUGAUACCUGGAGCUGUAGCAGAGCCAAUAAUGAAAGAUGUCAUGGAAGUGAUGAUUACAGGUGAUGAAACAGAGGUAAUAACAGAGAAUGUAACAGAUGUAACUGUGACCGAGAAUCAACGGGAAGAAGAAAAGAAGCCUCUACUGCGAGUGCGAUCAUUUGCAAAACCUCCAACGACUUGGGAGGUGGACAGUCGACAGAAAAUAGCUAAGAUUGCCCAAGAAAAUGCGUCGAAAAUAACAAACCAACUCAAAGAAGUAGUUGAUCUGACCAAUGAAGCGAUCAACAAACCAGCACCAGUAACCAAUAAAACAUCGCCUGUUACAAAGUGCACUAUACAACUUGGAAACAAAGUUGUUCCUGUUGUGAAAAAUCAAAGACUGCUUAUACCAUCAAAUAGGAAUAUAAUCAGUGUUCAAAAUAUUACAAAUAAUUAUCUAAAGGUAAAUACACAAGCUGGACAAAUUAUAGCACCUGUACGCGAUAUUUGUGUUCGGUUACCAUCUGCUCAAACAACUACUACUCGUCAAAAUCAAUCACAAAAUCCCAUCACCGUGAGACAUGAAGUGCCCUUUAGAGGAAACGAGACGAUUUUACGAAUUAUUCAACAAGUACUUUUCAGCAAGAAUUGCGUGAAUCAAUCUCGACAGGACUACGUACAGACAUAGCCAUCCUCGGUUAGCUGUCUACUGAUUCUUCAGAAGUAUCGCGGGUUGUUAUUCACGACGAAGCUCAUUAGAAACUGC